UGCGGAAGUUACUCUGGAGAGGACUUCUCGAAAUCCUGAAUGUCUUUGAAAUCAACUCCAUGUUACUACUGGCUCUCCACUUAGUUUUUGAACUAUGUCUAGUUCAAAUGUCUGGAGUCGCAGCAGAGCGAGAAUGAGGCUCUUCCCAGAGCUGUUGGCUCAGUGUUCAGGAGAGGCAGCUGCUUAUGGUAAAUGUGUGGCCUCCACAACCACUGGCAAACAGGAGCUGACCAAAAACAUGUGUGUCAAAGAAUUUGAGGCACUAAAAAGCUGCUUUCAAUCAGCUGCAAAAAAGGGAGUAAAGUGAAGAACAUCGUGAAAAAUAUAUAUUAUGUUGACCUUAGAUCAUUAUAAUUAGACAGUUAAACUUUUCUGAAGAUGAAUAUCUAUGUCCUUUUUUAAUAGUAGCCUUUGUCAUUUCUUUCUCUUUGUAAAUAUACAUAAAUAUAUAAUAAUGUGUUUCAGAUGGAUAAUUGCAUUGUGCAGAAAACCACAAUGAAGUGUCUUUUUGUAUAAAAAGUGAAACCAUAA